CCCAAGCUCACCUCCAUCGGAUUUCUAAACUGCCCUAGUACUUUAAAACAAUGAAAGUCAUAAAGUUCUGCUCCACCAACAUCAAGGCUUGCAACUGGACCCUCCUCAAGUAUGUCAUCCCAAUGGCUGCUAUUGCUACAGUUGUGCUGGCUGCAGGAGCAGCCCGACCAUUCGUCACUGUAGUGGACCGACCAUUCGUUACUGUAGUGGACCGACCAUUCGUCACUGUAGCGGCAGGAGCUGACCCUGUUCUAGAACCAAAAGGCAAAUCUGCUCUCGACUUUCAAUGUCCCGUACCGCAUGGAUUCUUCAAAAACCCAAAAGAUUGUCGAACCUAUUAUCAGUGCAUAUGGGGCACUACUCACCUGAGAGAGUGUCCUAUUCACCUUCAUUGGGACGAUAACAUUAAACGAUGCGGCAAUCCAGAACAUGCUGGAUGUGACUAACAUGGACUCCUCACUUUAGUCAUUACAGCCACAAGGCCACAUAGACUAUCAAAUAAACAUCAUCAUAGCAGGGAUAAAAUGGCUUAUAGCAGCUUAGCGUU